AUGGAAGUUAUCUCCCAACUCGUCACCUCUGACGACUGGGGUAGCCACGUAGUCAACUCAACACCACCCGUAUAUGGUCUCGCUCAAUGCUUCCAAGACCUCUCUCACACCGACUGUCUUCUUUGCUACGCUGCGAGUCGGACCAGACUCCCUAGUUGUCUCCCCUCUAUCUCUGCUCGUAUAUAUCUUGAUGGGUGCUUCUUACGGUACGACAACUAUAGUUUCUUCAAUGAAAGCACUGACCCAGAUCGAGACACUGUGAAUUGCAGUAGUCCAUAUGGUAAAUUGAGUGGCAAUGAAGCUGAAAGAUCGGAUUUCCAGAAGAGGGUUGGAGGGUUAAUCGAGAAUGUGACUGAAAUUGCGGUUUUGGAUGGAGGAUUUGGAGUUUUCGAAAUGAAGGGAGUUUAUGGGUUGGCACAGUGUUGGAAGACUGUGAGCAAAGAUGGGUGUAGAGAGUGUUUAGAGAAGGCGGGUCAGGAGGUGAGGGGGUGUUUGCCAAGCAGGGAAGGGAGGGGUUUGAAUGCUGGGUGUUAUUUGAGGUACUCCACCGUGAAGUUCUACAGUGAUUCCGAGAAAAUGAAGGAAAAUUCUGGGGUAUCUAUAAUAGGAGUCACUGUUGCGAUUGCUUUGGCUGUAGCAGUAGUCUUAAUGCUCUCACUCUUUGCUGCUUAUGCAGCCUAUGUAAGGCUGUCAAAGUUGAAAGAAGAACAGAAUAAUCUCGGCCAAAUAUCAAAUUCAUUUAACAGGUCCGGUUUGAAUUUCAAAUAUGAAACUCUUGAGAAGGCAACAAAUUAUUUUAAUGCUUCAAGAAAAUUAGGUCAGGGAGGAGCUGGUUCUGUAUUCAAAGGUACUCUCCCAGAUGGCAAAACUGUUGCUGUUAAGAGAUUGUUUUUCAAUACUCGGCAAUGGGUAGAUGAGUUUUUCAAUGAGGUAAACUUGAUCAGUGGAAUUCAACACAGUAACCUUGUGAAGCUUUUGGGUUGUAGCAUUGAAGGCCCUGAGAGCCUCCUGGUUUAUGAGUAUGUUCCCAACAGGAGUCUCAAUCAGUUUCUUUUCG